AUAUUUAAACAUAACAUUUCAGAAAACUAAUCAUCUUAAUGUCAGUAAUGAACUGGUGAAGUUUCAUGGUUACCCUAUUCAUCAGGUGUCUCCCCUUAAAAAUGCAAAAUGCGUUAACCAACACACACACUCGCGCACACACGUGCUUGAAUUGUUUUAUUUUAUUCUCAUUUUGUACUUUUUUUCUGUGUCUUUCAGGGUCGCCAUGUCAAAACGGGACAGCUUGCUGCCAUCAAGGUCAUGGACGUCACAGGAGAUGAGGAGGAGGAGAUUAAAGCAGAGAUCAACAUGUUAAAGAAGUACAGCCACCACAGGAACAUAGCGACCUACUACGGAGCCUUCGUCAAGAAGAACCCUCCUGGGAUGGACGACCAGCUUUGGCUGGUGAUGGAGUUCUGUGGGGCCGGAUCGAUUACCGAUCUGAUCAAGAACACCAAAGGGAACUCUCUGAAGGAGGAGUGGAUCGCCUACGUCUGCAGAGAGAUCCUCAGGGGCCUGACCCACCUCCACCAGCACAAGGUCAUCCACAGAGAUAUCAAGGGCCAGAAUGUGUUGCUGACGGAGAACGCGGAGGUUAAACUCGUGGACUUUGGUGUGAGCGCUCAGCUGGAUCGCACGGUGGGACGGAGGAACACGUUUAUCGGGACGCCGUACUGGAUGGCCCCCGAGGUCAUCGCCUGCGACGAAAACCCCGACGCCACAUACGACUUCAAGAGUGAUCUGUGGUCGCUCGGUAUCACAGCGAUAGAGAUGGCAGAGGGAGCACCACCUCUGUGCGACAUGCAUCCAAUGAGAGCGCUCUUCCUCAUCCCCAGAAAUCCCGCCCCCAGACUCAAGUCUAAGAAGUGGUGAGUCACUAAAACACACACAGAUGUGUCCUCUGCACCUGUUCUGUUCUUAUUAUUCUGUCUCAUUAUUCAUUCAUCAGUAAUCUGAUUACUAUGUAAAUUUUAAACAAUUUAGA